AAUGUGCUAAAAAAAGAAAACACAUCCUUUUUAAAGUGUACAUCACACUAAGUAUUAAAACACUAAACAUACAUGGUGAAACAUAAGGGCAGGGCAUUAUGAAUCUGACAAUCAUGUGAAUAAAGCCGCAGCGUAACCGCUGCACUUCAUGGAUAUGUACACCUUUUAGUGUGGCAUUUUACUUGCAGCAAGAUGAACCUGUGUGACAGAAGUCAACAGUUUCAAAAACAUUCACUUCCUUUCAGUGAUUCUGUGCUGCCUACACAGAAGUUCUUCAGCCGCAACCACACAGGCUGUGUUCAGAUACAUGAUGCAUGUAUUGACACAUCUUUAAACCACUGCAAUACUUUACACAGCAUGUGUGCAGCCAGCAUUUCUUGUUUCUAUCUUGUGGUUUGUGGCAAAAACUUACUAACCAUUUUAAAGGACAAUGAUAUUUCGACGAAGACACUCUCAUGUGAUGAAAGUUUGCACAUCAGAAGCUGAAGUCUGCCAAUCACAAGCUGCAAUACCAAGACUUGGCGCCCUUAAAGAAUUAUGACAAGGCCUUUACCACUCACUCUUCUUAUAUUAUUCAUGAUCAUCAGCUUAAUCUAUGGUUGGUUGUUUAUGCUCAAUGAGCAAAAUCACCACUUCAGCAAUGGCUCCUUAAAAACCAACAUUACAAUAUUGUUGUGGCACUGGCCAUUUGGCAUCCAGUACAGCCUGGCAGGAGAUGUAUGUCUAAAGGACUAUGGCAUCGCCGGAUGUCAUUUAAUAGACAAUCGAUCACUGAUGGAGAGCGCCAACUUGGUGGUCUUUCAUAAUGCUGAGCUGAAGUAUCGAAAAGAGCACCUGCCUCUGGAUCUCCCUCGGCCAGCCUCUCAGAGGUGGGUGUGGCUCUCUUUGGAAGCUUAUAACGGUAACUUGGCAGCGUACAAAAACCUCUUCAACCUCACGAUGUCAUAUCACCCACAAGCUGACAUCACUGUGCCCUAUGGGAAGUUGAUAGUCAAGGAGAGACCAAGUCAAGACUUUGUUAUCCCAAAGAACAAAAGUCAUGAAGUUUGCUGGGUGGUCAGCAACUACCAGAAAUGGCAAAGCAGGAGCGCCGUGUACCAAAAGCUGAGGCAAAACAUUAACGUGCAGGUGUACGGAUAUUUCGCCAGACGGCCACUACGGAUGGCGGCUUUGCUGCCGACGAUUUCGCAGUGUUAUUUCUAUCUGGCCUUUGAAAAUACAAAGUCUCGUCACUACAUAACAGAAAAACUCUGGAGAAAUGCGUUCCUGGCUGGGGCCGUGCCUGUGGUGCUGGGUCCGCCACGAGGAGAUUAUGAGGAAGUCGCACCUCCGAAAUCCUUUAUUCAUGUGAAUGACUUUAAUUCUACAGAGGAACUGGCUAAGUAUCUCAGAAGCCUAACAAAAGAUCCAGAAAAGUAUAACGCAUACUUUACCUGGCGACAAAACUACACAGUCAAGCUGUACACAGAUUGGAGAGAAAGACUUUGCAAUAUCUGUCCCUUAUAUGAACGAUUUCCAAUUCAAAAGAUUUACAAGGAUUUAGGAACUUGGACGAAGUGGUAGAAUAACAUUUUACUUGAAUAAUUUUAACUUUUUGAGCACUUUAAACAAUUGCGGUAAUUGUGAAGGAGCAGAAUGCUACUCUCACACUAGUGUGAUAUUUAAAGUGACAUUCACUUUGAAAAAAAAUAUGCUCAUUUUCCAGCUCCCCUAGAGUUAAACAUUUGAUUCUUACCUUUUUGGAAUCCAUUCAGCUGAUCUCUGUGUCUGGCACUAGCACUUUUAGCAUAGCUUAGCACAAUCCAUUGAAUCUGAUUAGACCAUUAGCAUUGCGCUAAAAAAUAACCAAAGAGUUUCGAUAUCUUUCCUAUUUAAAACUUGACUCUUCUGUAGUUACAUCGUGUACUAAGACUGACAGAAAAUUACAAGUUGCGAUUUUCUAGACAGAUAUGGCUAGAACAAUACUCUCAAUCUGCCGUAAUAAUCAAGGACUUUACUGAUGUAACAUGGUUGCAGCAGGCGCAAUGAUAUUACACAGUGCCUGAAAAUAGUCCACUGCCAUUGAAGGGACUAUUUUUGGGAAGAGUCAAGUUUUAAAUAAGAAAAAAAUCGAAACUAUUUGGUU